UUUUCAUUAUUUUACAUCGUCCAAAAUCUCUCUACUACCUCCACAAAAACAAACAAAAACUGAUAUAGCCAUUGAUAAUGUAUGCUAGCAUACCACUCUUGAAUGCUUAUCCAACGGCGGCAACGAUCAAGCUUUCUUCUCACCGAUUCUUCAAUUUUCAACCACAUCCCCCCGUCUUCAAUCACCACUUCAUCCCCUGCAAGAGAUUACCCAUUUCGGUCCCCCCCCAAAACCUACAAAGAUCUCCUUUCAUCUGUUCGGCCGCCGCCGCCGCCGGCGACAGAUUCUACGACGGAUGGGAAAAAUGGGUACCCAAAGACAUGGUGGCAGCAGAUAAAGUUCUCAGGUUAAUCGCUGGCGCCACUUCGAGUCCCAUUUACCAAUUCAUAGCAUCCCCACCCACUUUCCUGCAUUCCGUCGAUUCUAGAAUCAAAUUGGCAUGGCUGGUAGCUUUGAUUAUUGUACCUGCAAGGUCAAAUGUUGUUGUCCGCUUUGGUGUGGUUAUGUAUUUGGCUUUGUUAUCCAUUUUAGUUUUACCAAAAGAAGUUUGGAUUGAUCAAUUGGGGAAAGUGACUCUGCUUUCUGGGAUUUUGUUUGUAAUGUUGGGGCUGGGUGCAGAAGGUGUAACUCCUGUUGCCCAAUUAAGAACUCCACCGCCUUCAAUGACUGGUUUAUCGAAUAUUCCGUCAUCUUUAACUGGCUACUCCUAUGUGAUGAUGAAGUUAGGACCUCUAGUGCUUACACGAAAGGGUUUCUCAACUGCAGCCAAGUCUGCUUGCUUAACCUUCACUAUCUUGCAAAGUGCUAGCAUUUGCUUAGCCACCACAACUCCAGAGCGACUGGCUUUUGCGCUUCAAUGGUUUAUCAGUCCCUUGAGACAUUUCGGUGUGCCAGUUGCUGAAACAAUUCUUACGCUUCUCCUCUCACUCAGAUUCUUGAAUCUGGUGUUCGAUGAGGUUCGAAACAUUGCCUUGGGGAUAGUAUGCAGAAGGAUCAAUUGGCAACAGUCAACAGUCAUGGAAACCAUUGAUGUUUUCGUUUCUUAUGUCCGUCGCUUCUUCAAAAACAUCUUUAGUCACACGCAGCAGAUUUCCCAGGCAAUGAUGGUAAGAGGUUUCCGGGGUGAAAGCGAUCUUCACAGAAUUUACUUCCCAUCUGACUCGAGUAAUUGGUUAGCUAAUACUCUUUCUUUGGUGUUCCUUUUCGGUUUAGUAGGUGCUACCAUAGCAUCAGAAUACUUGAUUAUCUGAGCCAGUCAAAAUAUUUAGUCUUUUAGGAGAAGAAAUUGUUAUAAGACCUACAAACUUUUGCUAUCAAAGUUCAAACUACUUGUCAUA